AUGUCUGGUGGUAAAUCUGGUGGAAAGUCUGCUUCUGGCUCAAAGUCUCAAACUCGUUCAGCUAAGGCUGGUCUCCAAUUCCCCGUUGGUCGUAUUCAUCGUCUCUUGCGUCGUGGAAACUAUGCUCAACGUGUUGGUGCUGGUGCUCCCGUUUACCUCGCUGCCGUUCUCGAAUAUCUUGCUGCUGAAAUCCUCGAAUUGGCUGGUAACGCUGCUCGUGAUAACAAGAAGUCUCGUAUUAUCCCUCGUCACUUGCAAUUGGCCAUCCGUAAUGAUGAAGAAUUGAACAAGCUCCUCGGUCAUGUCACCAUUGCCCAAGGUGGUGUUCUUCCCAACAUCCACGCUUCUUUGUUGCCUACCAAGACCAAGAAGACUGGUGCCUCUCAAGAGCUCUAA